AUGCCCAUAACACAACGACGUCUUCCGUUAAAGAACAUUUCUGAGGCGACAGUUGUGACGCAAAUGCGCAGCCUAAUCAUGCUUCCUAUGGGCGGUGUGAUGUUCUCAACUUGUAAAGAAGAAAUAGAAUUAUUGGACUGGAGUCCACAAGAUGAUAAGCCUUAUAUUCAGGAUACUGAUUGA